AUGGCACCAUUACCACGAGUCAAGUGCUAUUUUGACGUUGUCUGUCCCAACUCCUGGAUCACUAUACAGGCCCUCACCUCUCACAAUUCCCUGUUCGAACAUAUCGAUUUCGAGCCGGUUUGUGAUUUCAAAAUUGGGAUUCUACACAAUGCUCAAAUCUGGAAUCAGAGAAGACAAGUACAUAAUUCUAGACUUUGGAAGUCGAAAAAAGAAGUCCCAGAACGGUCGGAAAGCGCAGAAUCCUUGUCAGAUAUGGGAAUCCUUCAAAAAAUUGACGAACGCGGAAAGCAGUUGAUUGAAUGUGAACGGGUGGACGCACCUGUCGAUUGGAAAAAGACGUACAAAUCAGCAAUAUCUCGUGGGUCUGUUGUUCCUCAACUAUUCCUUACAUCCAUCCGAGAACGCUAUCCAGAUCUUUAUGAACCAGCCAUCCAUCAUCUGGGUAACCGCCUCUGGAACAAACGUCUUCCCGUUCAUUAUGGAUGUCACAUGUCCACCGUUUCUCGUGAACUUGGAAUCCCAUUCAAAAACGCUGAAGAUAUUGUGGCUCGUCUAUCGUCACCUGAAAACCGGUCCAUCCUUCAUAAUAAUUGCAAAACCGCAGUGGAUUUCAAGCUCACGGAGGCACCCGGCUUGAUAUUGACAACAGGUGAUGGAGAAACUAUCAAAGUAGAUACAAUCAAUGACAUUUUCGACGAUAACAUUAUGAUCUCAAAGCUAUCAAGCACGUCAUCCAGUUGUGUCAUUGAGCAGAAAAUGUCGGCGAACCGACUUUAA